AUGCCGAGGGAGAGGAGGGAGAGGGAUGCUAAUGAUCGGGGCACCGUGAAGGAGGAAGGCAGCGCCGAAUUCUCUGUUGGCUCCAGAAAAAGGAAGGCCAAUGUGGCCGUUUUUCUGCAGGAUCCAGAUGAAGAAAUUGCCAAAAUUGAGAGGACUGUGGGGAAACAGCGUGUCAGCCAGCCUUGGAAUAGUAAUACAGUUUGUGAAAACCCCUGCUCACUGAUUCCCACACCUGAUAAAGAGGAGGAUGAGCUGGUGUACCCAAACUCCUGUGAACCUCAGCAUUUUUUCGCCCCGUCUCGAGCCUCACCACUGCCAGUACUGAACUGGGCAAAUAGAGAGGAGGUGUGGAAAAUCAUGUUGAACAAAGAAAAGACGUACUUAAGAGAUAAGCACUUUCUGGAAAGACAUCCUCUUCUGCAACCUAAAAUGCGAGCCAUUCUUCUGGAUUGGUUAAUGGAGGUGUGUGAAGUGUAUAAGCUUCACAGGGAGACAUUUUAUUUAGCACAAGAUUUCUUUGAUCGGUAUAUGGCUACGCAACAAAAUGUUGUAAAAACACUUCUACAGCUUAUUGGGAUUUCAUCUUUAUUUAUUGCUGCCAAAUUUGAAGAAAUCUAUCCUCCAAAGUUGCACCAGUUUGCUUAUGUUACAGAUGGAGCUUGUACAGGAGAUGAUAUUCUUAACAUGGAAUUAUCCAUUAUGAAGGCCCUAAAAUGGCAUUUAAGUCCUCUGACGGUAGUGUCCUGGCUGAAUAUAUACAUGCAAGUUGCCUAUCUAAGUGACUUUUACGAAAUGCUGCUGCCACAGUAUCCCCAGCAAAUCUUCAUACAAAUUGCAGAGCUUUUAGAUCUCUGUGUCCUGGAUGUUGGCUGCCUGGAAUUUUCUUACGGUGUACUUGCUGCUUCGGCACUGUAUCAUUUCUCAUCACCUGAACUGAUGCAAAAGGUUUCAGGGUACCACUUGUGUGAUAUAGAGAAGUGCGUCAAGUGGAUGGUUCCAUUCGCCAUGGUUAUAAGGGAGACUGGAAGUUCCAAACUGAAGCACUUCAGGGGGGUUCCUGCCGAAGAUGCACACAACAUACAGACCCAUAUAAACAGCUUAGAUUUGCUGGACAAAGCCCAAGCAAAGAAGGCCAUGUUGUCUGAACAAAACAGGAUUUCUCCUCUCCCUUCUGGGGUCCUCACCCCUCCACCGAGCAGUAAGAAGCAGAGCAGUGGGUGUAACUCUGGUACAGAUGAGCCCGACGUCAGCGCUGGCCGUGGAACCGAGGCACAAGGGGAUGAGCCGGCCCUGGACCCGGCCGUCGCCUCCCACGCGGCUCCGGCGGCCUCCAGGAGCCAGCAGCUGCCGCGUGCGCAGCCACCCUACCGGAACUCCGAGCCGGCCCCGCCCCCGGCGCGCAGGCUCCGCUCCACGUGCAGCUUGUUUACCCACGUGACGCGGCCCCGCCCGCUCAGCUGUCUCCUGGGCCCCGCCCCCGGCGCGCCCCCCUGUGGUCCCGCCUCCCGCUUAGCAGAGCGCGCGGCUUGGGCUGUGCGUCCGCGGCUGCACAGCGCGGUAGGCCCGGAGCGCGGGCUCGCGUUGCCCUGA